UCAACCACUGCAGACCACCGCGUGUCUGUGACCUUAGGUUUGUGUUGAUAAAGUUUAUUCAAAGUCUCUGUGCUGCAGCAAUGGCGGCCCCCAUGUCCUGGAGGAGGCUUGUGUACUCAGUGUGUUCACCGGCCGUUGCUGGAGUUUUUACGCGGAUGUCUGAUCGACUCUUCCGUGCACGGGACAGAAGAAAGGGCUCCUCCGUACUGCUGCUGGCUCCCCUGCUGGCCGAAGCCGACCCAGCCCCCCACCGUGUCUCCAGGCCCAUAGGGUCAGCUGGAGCUCAGGGCACAGAUGGCCUAUGCACCCACUUCAAAUGGAUGGCAGACCACGUACCUGCAUUCCGUGUGCCAGGCACCCACAUCCACAUUCUCAACUCACCCGAGCAGUUCUACAAAGCCAUGAAGGCACGCAUCAAGACUGCGAAGAGGCGAGUGGUGAUGGCCUCACUGUAUCUAGGGACAGGUCAGCUGGAGCAGGAGCUGGUGGACUGUAUGGAGGAAGCUCUUCAACGUUCGCAUGACUCCAGUCAUGCACCUGAGCUAAAAGUCUCAAUACUGCUGGACUACACACGCGGAUCACGAGGGCAGAUGAACUCAAGGACCAUGCUGCUGCCGUUGGUGCAGCACUUCACUUCUCAGAUGCGGGUCUCCCUGUACCACACUCCAGACCUCCGGGGGCUGCUACGGCUGCUGGUCCCUCAGCGCUUCAACGAGACCAUCGGAGUCCAGCACAUCAAAGUCUACCUGUUUGACGACAGCGUUAUUAUCAGUGGGGCCAAUCUGAGCGACUCGUACUUCACCAACAGACAGGACCGCUACGUGCUGUUGGAGAACUGCAGGGAGGUCGCCGACUUCUUCUCCAACCUGGUGGAGGCUGUGGGAGACGUUUCCCUGCAGCUUCAGCCUGACAACUCAGUCACAAUGCUCGAGGGCAUGGUGCACCCAUACAAAGGCAACAGGCAGGACUUCUCGGCAGAGGCGAGGAAGCGGGUCAUGGAGGUCUCUGAGGAUGAGGGGAUGAGCGAGGGGGAGGAGGAGGACACUUGGGUGUUCCCUCUGGUCCAGAUGAAACCUCUGGGGAUCCGGAUGGACGAACAGGUCACACAGCGCCUGCUGACAGACGCUGGGCCGGACUCCACUGUGUUCCUAACAUCAGGUUACUUUAACCUGACCCGGACGUACAUGCGGCUGGUGCUCGGGGCAGGAGCCAGUUACCGCAUCCUCACCGCCUCCCCCGAGGUCAAUGGGUUCUUCGGAGCCAAGGGCGUCGCCGGAGCAAUCCCUGCAGCUUACACCCACAUCGCCAGACAGUUUUACAACCAGGUGUGCCAGCUGGGCCAAGAGGAGAGAGUGCACCUGCACGAGUACCACAGACCACAGUGGACCUUCCACGCCAAAGGUUUGUGGUAUUACCUCCAGGGACAGGAUCAGCCUUGUCUCACUCUAAUUGGCUCCCCUAAUUUUGGUUACCGGUCGGUUCACCGUGACCUGGAGGCCCAAAUUGCCAUAGUAACGGAGAACAAGGAGCUGCAGAGCCAGCUACAGGAGGAGAAGGAGAUGUUGUACCAGCGCUCCACUGAGGUGUCCAGCUCCACGUUUGAGCGGCCAGACCGCCACGUCAAGCUGUGGGUGAAGCUAGUCACUCCCCUCAUUAAGAAUUUCUUCUGAGACGCCAUCAGGAGACAAGUGGCUUCGGUUUCCUUCGGCCAUUAGGUUGAAGGUCUCAGCGGGGACGGUCGGACAUACUCGAGCGUCACCUGGGCAUCACUUCUUCAUCUUCUCCUUGGCUGUAACCCUCAUCAGUGACUCAUGAUCAUAGGAAUAGAUGUAUGUGAUGAACUCUGUAGGUAAAUCCUCUUGUUUUUUUUUUAAAGCUCCAGACCUGGUGGUUUAUCUGCACAUCUGUUAGAUCCUUUAGCUGACAUCACCACACUGUGGAUUUUUGGAGUAUUACUGGAGUAUUACUACCUACAAGCAUUUCAAACUAACUACCGUACAUGUACAGGUACAUGUUGCAUGUAUGAGAAAGCAAUAGAGACCUUAUCAGGGAGAGUAUCCCUGAUGUAAUGAAGGCUGUGAAGGUGUGGUAAAGCAUUAACAAUCCAUUGAGCCUUAAUAAUGGUUUUUAAAUGCUUUUACAGUGUGUUUACAGCUCUGCCUACAGCACUAAUCGGAGCUAAUUGUACAGUGUCUGCGUGUCAUCUUUAAAGACAAAAAAAAUUAAAGGACUGUGGUGAGUUUUUCAAAUGACUAAACAUUUGUUUGGUGCAGUUAGCCUCUGAGUUGUAGCAUCAUACAGGUCAGCAUUUACUCUAGCGAUCUUUUUACCAUCAUUCAGCGCACUGUUUUGGUUUUCUGGUCCUGCUUUACUAUUUGGUUUAGUCCUACAGGGCUCAGUUCACUGUUCUUAUUGAAAAAGCUCUAAAAACCAAAACUCCAAUGUUGCUCUGUAUCUGCUGGAUGAGUAGAUCUGCACCCGAUGGCUGACGAGGUCACCAUAUCAACUUGCAACGUGAUGUGUGUUCAGUUUGUUUACAGUGCCUCCAAGUAAGCAAAAAAUUAUUGCAGGUUCAAAGCUAAAGUAAGUUGUGAACACAGCAUCAGCAUAUCACCUUUCAAGCUGAGCUUGUUAGCUAACAACAGAUCCAGCAGCGAUGCAGCAACAUUUUCAUUUGGAGUUGUUCAUUAUUUUAGCUCCGAACCAAAACGAACUCGCUGUAAAGCCAAACAGAGCUGCAGGUUCAGGUGACAAAUCUCUGAUGAGUGACACUGUUUCCAGACAAAUGAAAAAUAUGAAGUGGUUUACAGAGUUUUAAUGAGACAAAACUGAAAACAAAUUACAAGAAAUUUGGAUAAAUAAAUAUUUAGAUAUUUAUGCAUUGCUUUCAUUUCCAUUCAUAGUGCUCUGACAAAACACAGCAGUAACAAAACAGGAUUCAAGAUAGAAAAAGUUUAUGGCAACACAUUAAACAGGAACUGUUACAAUAUAGGUUUAAUCCUCCUCUGGAAACAGACCUUGACUGGAGAAUGGAAAAUGGAGACUGGCUGUAAACUAAAAAAAAAA